UGUUACCUAAAAUAUGUUCUAGUCUAGUCACUUAUGCAAAAGUCAACCCUUGUCUGAAUUAGCUACUGUAUAAUUAUUUGGUCUGAAGUAAGUCUCUGUCAUUCAAUACAUUGCUUUUUCUUAAUUUAUAUUAGUUAUUGUAUUACCUGAGAAUAUGCCUGUGAAGUGAAGUGACACUAAAGAAGCGCUUCGUCAAACUGCCUCGGCAGUGUUAUCGCUUAAUUAACAGUAGCAGCUGUUUUGGUUUGUGCAAAGCAAAGCAUGCUGGACCACAGUUCAACGCCCAAAAUGGCGGCACGAUUGAAAAGUUUUGCCUGUUUUAUCCGAGUUUGUCUUUCUAACAGACUAUUGCUUUAGUUGUGUUCGCGGCACUGAAGCAUACCAUUUUCACACUGGUGGCAUGCCAGCAUUGUUUCUCAUGCGCGUGGAAUAAGACAACAAACAGGAUGGCGUUUUGCUAUCAGCUCAAAUUCGGACAUCACUUUACCAAUGCUAGGCUAGGCUAGGCUAACAAGCUAACUACUUUUAGAUGAGUGCUGGUUUAAAGCUUCGGUAGCUAGUUAUGUCUUUCCUCACCUGGAUCUCCACGCUGAACUGAAUAUGAAGAAGAGGACAGUUACAUAGAAAUGGAGGAUGAUGUGAAAAAAGUGAAAAAGCCUGGUAUCGUGUCUCCGUUCAAGCGAGUCUUCUUGAAAGGAGAGAAGGGGAGGGACAAGAAGGCCCAGGAGAAGGCCACUGAGCGCAGGGCGCUCCACACCUUCUCACUCUCUCAACCCGACCACCGUAUCGACCCUGACAUCCUGCUUAAUGACUACAUUGAGAAAGAAGUCAAAUACUUGGGGCAGCUGACAUCAGUUCCUGGAUACUUGAACCCAUCAAGUCGUACAGAAGUGCUGCAGCUCAUUGACAGCGCAAGGAAGUCCCAUCAGUUGGCAGGCCAAAUGACAUCAGAGCAGGAUGCCGUGGUGAGCUUGUCGGCGUACAACAUAAAGCUUGUAUGGCGUGACGGCGAGGACAUCAUCCUGAGAGUGCCCAUCCAUGAUAUUGCUGCUGUCUCCUACAUCAGGGACGACUCUUUGCACCUCGUGGUGAUCAAAACAGCCCAGGAGUCGGGCGGUUCUCCUUGUCCCAGCUCGUGUCCUGAUCUCAACAAGUCUCAGACCCUGAGCUCCUUAUCGGAGAGUGGAGCUGUGCUCGUGGAAGUCUGCUGUCUGCUCGUGCUGGCCGUUGAUAAUAAGGCAGCAGCAGAGGAGCUGUGUCUUUUGCUCAGCCAGGUGUUUCAGAUUGUUUACACGGAGUCAACCAUCGACUUCCUGGACAGAGCUAUUUUUGAUGGAGCAACUACACCUACCAGACACCUCUCUCUAUACAGUGAUGAUUCUUCAAGCAAAGUGGAUGUUAAGGAGACCUUUGAAGCGGAAGACAGCACAUUUCCUUUCCAGGCCUCUAUGGAGGCAGAAGGAAACUCUCCAUCAGCAUCCACCCCAGCGUCCCCUCAGACGAAGACAGCGAGUGACGGAGAGCUUAGCACCACUGCUGCCGAGCUGCUGCAGGACUACAUGACAACACUGCGGACGAAACUAUCAUCACAGGAGAUCCAGCAGUUUGCCACCCUGCUCCACGAAUACCGUAAUGGUUCCUCCAUCCACGAGUUCUGCAUUAACCUGCGACAACUCUAUGGGGACAGCAGGAAGUUCCUUCUACUUGGCCUGCGUCCCUUCAUACCAGAGAAGGACAGCCAGCACUUUGAGAACUUCCUGGAGACCAUUGGAGUGAAAGACGGCCGUGGCAUCAUCACAGACAGCUUUGGCCGUUACCGGCGCACAGCCAGCUCCGCUUCCGAUUCCACCACCAACGGCAACGGAGCCGCCGGAGGAGCAGCCGCCUCAGACGAGGGCCAGGAGGCCUCGGAGGGAGACGAGUGGGACCGAAUGAUCACCGACAUCAGUAACGACAUCGAAGCUCUCGGCUGCAGUAUGGACCAGGAGGGAGUGACGCCCUGACACGGGGAACAAAGGGAGGUAUUGAGGAGGCAGCUCCUCCUCCGAUGAACAGUAGGCAUGAGCUGAACGGAUCAGAUGAAGGUGGUCCUAAGCACUGACUUAAUAUUUGGGUUAAUUGUAUUUUCCUCUAAUUAUCAAGAGGACGUUCCAUAGUCCCGACGCACUCAAUGAAAACCUCAACCUAUCACCACGAAAACAUGAAGUCAACAAAUGCACUUAUGCUGCAGACUCUCGGUGACAUGCAGUCACUUGGCUAUUUUUGCAUUUCAGAGGGAUUCAAAGCCUCUGAUAUAUUUUUUUAAAGUCUCUUUGAUUUUGUACUCAUUUAUUGGCAGUAUCUGCCAUGGCUGUCAGCAAUGUAGCGAAAAUCUCCAGAGUGUUUGAGAAUAUUUCUGGCUGUUUCUUUUUGAAUACCCUCAAAGACUGGAGGAUCCUCCAGAGGACUGUGUGCAUGUUUUAGAAGGUUAAGACUGAGGCUGUACUUGUUUGUGCUGUUGAGCUUCAUCCACCAGGAGAACUUUGGUUUUCUUCAUUUAUUUCACAUUUUGUGUUUUUUUUCCCCAUAAGAUUUGUGUAUCACUUUACAGUACACUAUUCUUUUUGUUAUCAGUGUUUACUCAUUUAUAUAUUUUUGGCUUGUUCAAACUGACCAAGGAAAUGCUGUAAAAACAAAUUGGAGUGGGAGACCAUUUUUGGCAAAGCCCAGUUAUGGCUGAUGUAAAUUUAUGAUUUCUCUCCUUCCAGGUCAUCUUGUUAUGUCUUGUGACGUUACAUUUAUCUGUCAUUGUGCCUUUACACUGCAGUACUGUUGCCAACUGUCUGUCACACACAGACAGGUAAUUAUAAACUGUAACUACAGUUGUUGAGCAAAUCAUGGUUAUUAAAUAACAGCUACUUUACACUGAA